AUUCGGCUCUCAAUUGUCAACAUUUAAAGACGUAAUCUCGAUUGUGCACAAAACAAAUUUCAAAAAAAUCAAAAAAUUUGCAAACAAAAUUAAAAAUGUGGAAAGUUCAGCCAACAGAAUUCCUUAAAAGAACUUUAAAUCCAAUCAGAAUCUUAUGGGAAACGAAUCAACCAAAAGGAAAUCCAGAGAUUCCAAACAUUUACUUGCAAUUAGGAGAUCCAACAAUUUAUGGGAAUUUCCUUCCACACUCAAACUGUGCAAAAGCAAUUUCUUAUGCAGUUUUACAUGACAAAUUUUCUUAUCUAGAAAGUUCCGGACUUAAGGAAGCUAGAGAAGCUGUUGCUGAAUAUUGCAAGCAUAUGGGAAAUGUCACAGCGGAUGAUGUCUUUUUAACAACUGGAUGCUCAAUGGCUAUCGAGACUGCAUGUCGUGCACUUGCUAAUCCUGGUGAAAAUAUUUUGACUCCAGAAAUCAGUUGGAACUAUACGACAUGGAUGAACGGUGUUGGAAUUGAAGCUAGAGGUUACAGUUUGCUUCCUGAAAAGGAAUGGGAGAUUGAUUUGGAUCAUUUAGAGAGUUUGAUUGAUGAUAAAACACGUGCGAUUGUCGUUAAUUCUCCAGGGAAUCCUUGUGGAAAUGUGCACAGCAAGAAGCACAUUCUUGAAAUCAUUGCUCUUGCUGAAAGGAAUAAACUCGUUAUUAUAUCUGAUGAAAUUUAUGAAUUUUUUACGAUGCCUAAUGUUGAAUAUCAUUCAUUCGCUGAAUUGUCAGAAAAUGUUCCUGUUUUGGUUUGUUCUGGAUUGACAAAAAGAUUUCUGAUACCAGGCGCGAGAUGUGAUUGGCUUGUUGUCAAUGACCGAGGAAAUAAGCUUGAAAAUUUACGGACAGGAUUUCGUAAUGCCGCUGGUCGAAAUUUCUUUCCUAAUAGUAGCUUGCAGUAUGCAUUACCCAGUAUAUUGAGGGACACUCCGCAAUCAUUUUUCGAUGAGAACAACCAGAAAAUUUAUAAAAACGCACAAAUUGUUUUCAACAAGCUUAAAUCUGUGAAAGGACUAAAGUCAUCAAUACCAAAGGGCUCGUUCUACAUGCUCAUUGGGAUAGAUUUGAACAAAUUUCCAAAAAUAGAGACAAGCUUGCAGUUUAUGCAGAUGCUCGCAGAUGAACAAAGCGUUUUUGUGCUUCCAUCUGAAUGCUUCAAUUAUCAAGGAUUUAUUAGAAUCGUAUUAACAGCUACUGAGGAGAUGCUUGCUGAAGCUAGUGACCGAAUUAAAAAGUUUUGUGAAUGUUAUUAUGAAUAUUAAAAAAUAAUUGUUUUAGAACUUGAAAAA